AUGGAAAACGAAGCUAACGGUUUGAAAAACUCCUCCGCGGUGGCCAUACACACUACAGACCGUACCUUACGCCUGGAACUAAUUUCUCGUAAUCAAAAUGGCUUACGCCAUGACCAAGGCACAGGGAUGGGGGCAGAGAUUGUCGUGUCAAGCAACACUGCUAUCGACUCGUCUGCGGCCGGUUUCCCUUCGGCCGAGGUCUUCCCAACGAACACUCAAGCUUCAGCUUUGUUUGCAUUGUCUGCACUGAACUUAAGACCUUGGAAUGUUGAGUCUUUAGAGUCCACGAACAACAGUCAUCUUGCAUUGGAGCAAGGAGUAGCCAGAGCAAAGGUCCAAAUGAACAGGAGAAUGCGGGAAAGAGAACAGCGUGAAUUGGAGCGGGAACAACUUCAAACAAACCAGGAGAGAAAUGAAAGAGAGAUUAGAAUGAGAAGAAAUAGAGAGAUGAUAGAAAGAGAGAGAAGGGAAACCGCCUGCAAAGUGGAAGCGGCCAUAGAGUCUUUGCAAGUUGCGUAUAAGCACUUCCUGAAUCUAGCCCCAGAUAGCUUCAGAAACCCGACUAAUUACGAGAAGGAGCAGAUGGAUCGAGGUAGAGAGAUGUGUUUGAGUAAUUGCUCCGCUCCUCCUUUCUUUGGUGCUGUUUUGUUAAACCCCGAGCUGCCCAUAGAUAACGAUGACCAAUUUUAUGCCAGCUUUACUACUGUCUUUGGUGCUGUUGCACUCAAGCUGCAUAAAUAUAAAAUAGCUAUAGACUUAUUUCGGCGAUGUCAUUCUCUUUUCACAUCUGAUGUCACGCCAUGUCCUGGAAACAACAUUCAAGUUAUCGAUACGUUAAAAGCAGUGGCCAAGGCGAAUGUAGGCUGUGUUUAUCUGAUUAUGAGAGUUAUGGAGAAGGCUAAGGAUUAUCUAGAAUGUGCGCUGGAGAUUUUAGAAACAUUUAAAAACAAAAACAAAACUUACCCUAUAGAAAUAAACAUUGUUGUUAUACAAUCCAACUUAAGCCUAGCUUACCAGUGUCAAAAGAACUACCCUGCUGCAGUGAAGUUGCAAGAGCGUCUUCUUCUGAAGGCCAAAGACCCCAUUAUUCCCCCACAUUUGGUAGCUGCCAUAUAUUACAAUAGAGCAGAGUUGUUCAUAGAGCUCAAAGAGCCUGUCAAAGCACUCAUGGAGCUGAGGACAUUGGGGUCACUAUCUGAGAGGAUGAACGAUGAAGGAGGAAUGUUAUCAAAAUUUAUAUCUUCUAAAAUUUGUUUGGUGUAUCAAAAUAUUGGAGAUGUAGCUCGAGCAGAGAAAAUAGCGGAGCGCUUGGCUCUCCCUUUUCUUUCCCCUCAAUCGCUAUCACCACCACGAUCGCCUUCCUCACAAUCGUUUACGGCAGCAUCAGGGUCAGGGUUAGGGUCAUCAUCAUCAUCAUCAUCUUUAUCAGUUUCAUCCUCGUCAUCGUCAUGUUCGUCACCAACAUCGUCAUCUUCAUCGUCUGCUUUGUCACCGAUGUCUUCAUUUUCGUUUUUCUUUCCCGAUUUUGAAGCUGUCCUCGGAUGUAAUGGAAAAUUCAACUGGGACUUCUUGUUCGCAAUGAUAUUGAAUUUAGUCGAUUUUCACUUGAACGAAAAAAACUUAAACUUUGCAUCUUUCCUCGACGUUUUUGUACCAUAUUGCAAAGAAUUGCUUGGGAAAAACCACCCAACACAUGCAUCGUUUCUCUAUGAGCAAGGCGUUAGAUUUUUUUUGAUGGAACAAAACCUGUCAUCAAAAAAUUGCUUUGAAGAAGCAUUACAUAUUUUGAAAAGUUUUGACUACGGUUCAGAUCACCCAGAGUUAGUGCAAUGUAACAUCGCUCUUGCAAAGUUAUUAUUGUGCGAAGACUUUCAAGAGGUUCCUCAGUUGAAGUCGCGCCCUGACCGUAGCUGGCGAGGAUUUCCUUGCGACGCAGCAGAUGGAGUUGUGAACCCUGAUAUUCCAUCAUUUAGAGGAGAUAUCAACAAGUGGGACAGCAACGAAGAGUUAGACGAACCAGGUAAACUUUCUGGUCAAGAACAUCGAGAUAAAAAUCCAUCCCAAAAGGAUAAAAACAGAGGAAUCAGCAUCUCACAAAAGAUAAUGAAAACACCAAACGAAGUCAGCGAUGGAGGGAAUGUCGAUUUAAAAACUUCUUUUCACGGAGGAGAUGUGGUUGCAGACCGCGGUGAAAACCGCAAUGUACUUCCUACAAAUGGGGCUUACGGCUUUGAAAAGGAUUGGAUUACCCAAGCUGUUGCUCCUCCAAAAAAACCAGGAGAUUCCCAUGAGAGUAAUUCGAAAACAAAAAUAUCUCUUGGUUUGAAAGGUGGACGCCAAAGCAAUCUUCCGUCAGGCCACAGUUCACAAAGGGAUCCGAAUGAGGAUGACUUUGGAACAAAUCACAUCGGAAUAGAUCCUAGUUUUCUCGCACGUCAUUCUUAUGAGUGCAAUGCAUCUGAUGAGCAAAGGGGUUCUUGUGGUCCAUUUGAAGAUUUAGAAGUACCUGCAGGUACCCACGCCGAGUACAACAGAUCUGGGCGUAUGCCUGAAUUGUACCACCCUACUGCCCCAAGUUCAUCGACAUUUCUUGAAUGUCGUGAUUUUACAAAAUUCGAUGCAGGAAAUCAGUCUGUCUACCCUAGCACCAUGGGAUCUCCUCCACAAAUAUACUCAAGUCGUGAUGGUUAUCAGCCGGAAGAGUCAUCCCUUAACCUAGUCCUGAUGCCCAAAACUGUUUCAGCGAAGAAGUUAAGACUGCCUCGAUCUUCAAGUUUCCUCCAAGAUGGAUCUAAAGCAAAUCUCCCGUUGAAAGUCAAAGAGUUUCCCACUGGUAAUGUACGGGCAAGAAAUCCGCCAAAUAUCUUCACAAAUGGAUAUGUACUCGCCGAAAGGCCGACGUUAUCAUCGCAGUUUGAAAGAAGAGAUGACACUCCAGAAUUUCUUCCGGACGGGGAAAGUGCAGGAGCUGAUCAGGAUCUGUUAAACAGUAAUUCAGACACAUCUUCUGACGAAUCAUUGGCCGUACUCGAGCAACGUGUGGCUGAAGCUUGCUGUCUUGUCGAGAAAACGUUGAAAGAAAGACAAGAAAGAGAGAAAUCGAUGAAAGAAACGGAGCAAAAAAGAAAAGAUAAGCAGGCAAGGAAACAACAACUUGCACGUGAAAGAAAAGAAAGGGAAGCGAGAGAAGCAAGAGAAACGGAACUUAUGAAUGAAAGAGUAGAAGGGAACUCCACGAGCGGUGGACAAGAAACACCUUCGCAAGACUCGGCUAGUGCUGGGGUUCGACAAUGGCUGUGUGAACAUUAUCAGCGGCUCUGCCGUGUCAAGUUCUCAUGCUGCGGAAAGUUCUUUCCUUGUCAUCGUUGUCAUAACAACUCCGGGUGUGCAAAUGACAAUUCCAAAGCAAGAGAGGCGUGUUCUGUUGAGUGCUCUGUUUGUAGCCAUCAACAAGAGAUCAACCAGGACGCCCACACCUGUGUCAGAUGCAAAACAAGGUUCUCAGCAUAUUUCUGCUCGGUGUGUAAACACUUCACAGGGGAGGAUAAAGCUCCUUAUCACUGCGAAAAAUGUGGUAUCUGCCGAAUCUACAAGGACCGCUCCUUUCACUGUGAUGUGUGUAACGUCUGUCUGGACAAACGGCUGGAAGGAAAACAUUCUUGCCGAGCAAAUUCAGGACACGAUGAGUGCUGCAUCUGUUUAGAGGACGCUUUCAGCGGUUGUCAGAUCCUGCCAUGCUCGCACAAGGUUCACCGAGAGUGUGCCAUUGCUAUGAUACAGAACGGCGUUCGCAGCUGCCCAAUUUGUCGCCAUCCUUUGUACAGUCAGACAGGAAUGAAUGAAUAACAACCUCGACUCCAGUGCUCAGAAUUCCAAGAAAAGGCAAAUUGUUUCUAAUUGAGAUGUUCUACUAAGUGUCUUGAUUGACGUUUUCAUUCUUUAUUGUAGAAUUGAACUGUUUACCCCUGGGAAUGACUGGCUCCUAAUUUGUCCUCACGGUAUCACCCUAGAAUCAAAUGGUAAAUGUAAUGAAAAUAAAGGCAAUGAUCAUUAAUUUAGGAAGCUCCUGACUGUCAAACAAACUCUCAUUGUUAGUACCAGAGGAAAUAUAAAGAGAACAGUGUGGAUUGUUAGGGUAUAAAGUGUUAAAGAUCGUAAUAGUUAUUUUAAUCUUACCUGUACAAGGACACAAACGUGAGGGGGGAGGGGAAACGAGGGUGGCAGGAUCCCUUUAGGUCGAAGUGAUUUCUAUACAGUGACUUUUGUAUCCAAUUUAGUAGAAGGCCAUUCAUCCCUUAAAAGAUUUGUAUAAAAUUGUGCAAAGCAUCGGUUAGUCUGCCGAGGAGAUGAAAAGCUAAGUUUAUCAUAAUAGUGAAGCCAUUGUAAAAUUCUAUUUCUUAUUAUUGUAAGGAAACAACAGAAUACUUAGAUUUGGUACGGGUUGUUUUUUAUCGUCAUCUAAAAUGAAAAUAUGCUUUUAGGGAUUUUAUAACCCUUACACUUUCAGCUAAACAAAACAUUUCUCAUGGUGUUGUCAUUAAAUUCCUGGUAGUGUUUUAUGGUUAUUAGAAUGCUGUGUGAAAUAAGGCCCCUCUACAACGUUUUUCCCAACUUUAGUUACACCAGAAGAGGAAGGCAGUCUAAGGGCUUCAAAUUUCAUCUUCUUUGCCUUCGGGAGACGUGUGAUAGAAAUGAAGGGAAGAAAAACCGAGCUUGCUCUUGAAAUUUCUUAGGUUUUUACACUUUUUAUAGUUAUGUAAGUAGUUUGUUAUUUUAUUCUGGUGUAACCUUGGGAUUUCAAACUUCAAGUAGCCAUGCAAAUCAUGGCUACACGAACAUUACAUCGUUUCAGCAAAGAAACUAUACCGAAGUCCUAUUGAAAAUGAUUAUUUACCUUGUCUUAGCAAGUU